AUGAUGCAAACAUGGUCCCAGAACCUGGUCGCUCUCAUUCAAUGGUUUGCACCCGCUGAUUUUAUCUUGACAUUUGAUGAGAAUUGUGGUCCGAUGCAAGAUAUUGUUCAAAGGGACAUCAAGACUGGUGAUGUGCACGGCCUCGUCUUUCCAAAGAGGAUUAUUGUCACUUCAAAUCAUCAGAUUUAUGCAGAUUGGGUCUACAUUUGGUGUAUAGCUUAUCUUGGCAAGGCACAUGGUGUAUUAAAAAUCUUACUCAAGUCGAGUUUAAAGAAUCUACCAGUUUAUGGGCAAUCAAAGAAAGGAGAUCAAUCAUUAUGGCUAGUGUUGUUUCCCGAAGGAACAGUUGUAUCACCCAGCACUCGCAAGAGAUCAAAGGAUUUUGCUGAAUUGAAUAAUAUGCAUGAUAACAGAUACACAUUAUUACCAAGAUCCACAGGUUUACGGCUUUGUACAACAACUCUUGCUGAUAGCAUUGACUACAUUUACGAUUUCACCAUUGGAUAUUCUGGCAUCAAGCCCAAUGAUAUCCCUGAACAAGUGUAUACUAUCCAGAGCGUCUUUUUCUUCAACUUUUAUCCAAAGCAAGUGCAUGUUUACGUUCGUCGCUUCAAAGUCGAUGCUAUCCCUACUUCCGACGAAGCCGAUUUCAAUCAGUGGAACCUGGAGAGAUGGAAGGAAAAGGACGAAUUGAUGGACCAUUUUUAUAAGCACGGCGUGUUUCCAAGCAAUCCAGUAGUUGCUAGCACGGAGGAAAGUCGAGUCGUUGAUGUGCCUAUCCGAUUGAAUAGCUCUAUAUUUGAUUUAGCUCGAAUUUGGGUCUUUAUUGUGCCUUAUCUCUUGGUGCUGAAGAAACUAUUAUUAUCCAGCAGUGGCACUGUCUAA